CUUCAGGAGCUGAAGAAGUACGGGGUGACCACGUUGGUGCGAGUUUGUGACGCCACCUACGAUCAGGCCCCGAUCGAGAAGGAGGGGAUCCAGGUUCUGGACUGGCCGUUCGAUGACGGAGCUCCGCCGCCCGGGCAGAUCGUGGAGGAUUGGCUGAACCUCCUGAGAACCAAAUUCCGGGAGGAGCCCGGCUGCUGCGUGGCCGUGCACUGCGUGGCUGGACUGGGCAGGGCUCCGGUGCUGGUGGCUCUGGCUCUCAUCGAGUGCGGGAUGAAAUACGAGGACGCCGUUCAGUUCAUCAGGCAGUGAGUGAAAAAAAAUCCCCAUUUUCCAAAAA